AAGGUCACGGAUUUGGUAUCAUCGUAAGAAGCAUAAUGAUCGCACUUGCAAGUCGUCUACGCUCUUUGGAUUCAGCGAUAAUGAACGAAAGAGGGGACAAAACCUCUGCUACUGAGAUGAGAAUAGAGAGAAGUGGCAAAAACAUUGAUAGUUGGCGCGGGCAGAGCAUAGCUAGCAGACGACAGGCUGGCUAGCAGAAAGUAUAUACCUUGUAAUCAAAUUUUAAAAAAUGGCCCAAAUCAUUACACAAGUUGUACGAUGUACGGUGAGAACUGUGGCCUGUGUUCGGACGAAGCAAAUGUUCAGUGCAGUUCCAAAGAAAUCGUCAUUCAUAUUACGAGGAAUAAGUACGUCGCGGUGCAUGUCCAAGACCGAUAGAUUGUUCACGGAGAAGCACGAAUGGGUAGAAGUCCAUGGUAAAGUGGGUACUAUUGGUAUUUCUCAUUAUGCCCAAGAUUCGCUCGGAGAUGUAGUCUAUGCACAGCUUCCCGAUGUUGGUACUUCGAUAAAUCAGAAAGAUGAAUGCGGAGCACUCGAGUCUGUGAAGGCGGCGUCAGAGCUGUAUAGUCCUGUUAGUGGAAAAGUAGUAGAGAAAAAUGUUGAAGUUGAGAGUAGUCCAGGCUUGAUCAACACUUCUUGCUACGAGAAAGGCUGGCUUUUCAAAGUUGAACUGACUGAUCCAGAAGAACUGAAAACUCUUAUGGACGAGAAGGCAUAUGAUCAAUUUCUGAAAACUGAUAGUCAUUAAAAGAGAAAAGUUAAACGAACAACAUGCACCGAGUCGUAUGUAAACUAGGCAUAUAUUGUUAAGAUCGAUUACUUCUCCCAAGGUGCAUUUGUGUUACUUGAAACGCCGAAUUCUCUGAAAAGCAAUAAACGAGGACUAUGUAUUUUAUUUGAUAGCUGGUAUGGAAGGAAUCAGGUGAUAAUUAUUGGCAUCCGUAUGAUCUGUUAUGAUUGGAAAAACGAUUUGAUGGCUCUUACAGUAUUGUCCAAAUUUGUGAGCAUAGUCAAAGGACUUAUAAUUAUAUUUAUUAUGAAUAAUGAUCGUAAUGAUAAAUAGACCUAUCUUGGUCACUUAUCGAUAUAACAAAAUGAAAGAUCCUUUGAUUAUGUAAUGGUAUAUAACACAAUUUUGAACGUGGUAAAUUUCCUGGCGUGACCAGGAACCAUUUGGCUGCAACGUUGAAUUGGACACUGCUAAAUAUUACAGCACCAAUAUGCUACCAGCAAUCAAGCACACUUUCAUAGAAAGAAUCUUCGAAAAUUCCAUGGGUAAAGUUGAGAGUAUUUUUGGUUGCCUGCCAUCAGGUGCUGUCCAUUAUUGAUGUUGUUCCCUUGCACAGAGCCUAAACGGCGUUUGCUCUUUUUUUUCAAAAAUCAGGUUCAGUCCUAAUAAUUGAAUCGAAUGAUCGAAGGAGUGUGUUUCUUUAAUUUCUGGCAAUCAAUUUUUCACACAUCUAUCGAUUACAACAUCGUAUGAUUCGGAGUGUCACAAAUCUACCCGUAACCACUUAUUCAUAUAAAUAAAUGUGCACAUUUUCUGCCCAGAGACGAGAUGAUGUAAGAGCUGGAAAAGUCAUAGGUUUUCUAAAGGGCAGCGUAUCAGUAUAUUACGUACCCACAAAAUUAAAUUGUAAAUCAUCACCAUCUCAUUCAAAAUUAUCGGCGUUUACCAUUGUGUCUAAGCAGGUACAAUUGUAUGUUAAUAAUAAAGAUAUAUUUACAAUCAA